CUUGCUUCAGGCGUUGUCCUUUCACCCAGAGUGGUGCCUUCAACGUAGUAAGUGCCACGAGAGGGCCGUCCAGAGGCUCCCCUUCCGACCUUUCCGAGGUUCCCUGCGGCCGAAGCGCCGCGCGCUCCCCCGCCCCCAGUGCGUCCAAGGCACCGCCCACAGCGCCGUCGGUGCCCAGCGGAACUCUGCGCCGCACACGCGUUUCUGCAGGGGGGAUUUCGGCCUCGGACCUCAGGCCCCACGUAGUCUCCGGCGGCGACUGCGGCGCAUGGCGGUGAGCUGCGCGGUGAGACCGCAGGGGUCCCAGGGACUUGGGCCGUUGGCGGCCCCCCAUGACCCUUGUGCUGCCCCCUUUCUCCAGGCCCUAGGACAUCCUGCUCGGGAGACAUCAGUGGCCGCAGGCCCAGGGCACUCCACACGCAGUGACGCCGCCGCCCGGGCGCACCCCGAACGUGGUGAAGGCGACGCAGCCUCUAAGAAGCAAAAGAAAAAGAAAACCCGGAACGGAGCCUCUGUGGCGAGUGGAGGCGGGAAGGUCUCAGAAAAGCCCUGCUCUGAGGAAGCGCCCCUAAGCGCGGAGGCUCAGGCAGAGCAGCUGGCCCGGGAACUGGCGUGGUGCGUGGAGCAACUGGAGCUGGGCCUCAAGAUGCAGAGACCCAGUCAGAAACAGAAAGAGCAGGCUCUUGGGGCAAUCCGAGCCCUGCGUAGCGAAAGAACCCCCCUGCCCCGGAAGAGGCAGCUGAUGCGCUCCUUGUUUGGGGACUACAGGGCUCAGAUGGAAGCCGAGCGGCGAGAGGCCCUUCGGGUUCUCAGGACUGCAGCCCGCACAGCCCAGGUGCGGCCUGUAGCUGAGGCCACCAGAAGGAAGAGCGGAAGGGUCUGCAGGACUCGCCAAGCAGGGGUAGCCAAGGCCACCCUGGACACUCCUGAUGAAGAGUUCAGGUUCAAUUUCUUUUAGCCUGUCCUCCAUCCUGGAACAGUUCCCCUCCCUGGGGAGCAUGGGGGUUUCUGUUGAGUGUAGAGCUUUUCUGGGAAUGCGCUGUUGGACAGAUGUGGUUUUGUCCAUGGUCCGUGGAUCUGGUGCCAUGGCUGCUGGACAGAUGUGAGAUCAGCAUAUUGGGCAAAUUUCAGAUAAGCACAAGACCCAUUUGUAGGUUUUCAAAUGAAAUGUGCUUCCUGCCAGAAGAAGGAGCUCCAUUCAGAAAAGCUUCUACAAUAAACUGAAGUGAGUGUUCAGCA